UGCGCGGGGUUUUCCGGGUGCGACGGAGAUGUAAGCUAGCAGGCUAACCGAAAGUAACGUCAAAACACUCAGAUACUACAGCGCUGUUGACAAACCUCAAGACAUAGCCAGCAGGAAGCGAUCAUGAAGGGGGUAAACGAUUCAUUUUACAAGGAGUGUUUCUGAAAGUGAAUGUACUUGUAUUAGCGUAGAUCAAUUCGGCUGAAAAUAAAAUGUCAACAACGCGGCCCCUCCUCGGGAUGAAGCGAAUCACCGAGGUAACCUGCACGGAGCCGCCGGGAGGCAGGCAGUCCCCGACCGCCAGCAGAGCACAGCCCGAGUCGCUCACCGUAGACGAGUUUACGGUGCACGAAGACAAGCAGACCGAGCUCAAAUGCAGCAAACCGAAGGUCGAACAGGUUUUUCAAGUGACAUUCACGAUUAUCGGGCUCCUGGAUCACACUGGAGCCCACGGAAGUAAAGCUUCCAGACAGAUCUGGCUCCAGCUGAAAGGGAAAAAGGAGGAUGUGUAUAAAGCGAAGGAGUAUGUGAAAGGCCUGUGUGACCCAGAGCUUCAGAAGGAAGAAUGGUACCCUGUGGACAUGCACUGCAUUUUCGCUGGUGCUCGGGGACUCUUUUUGGACCGGCUACUUAGAGACACAAGUGCAGAGGUCCAAGUUCUAGAGCCAGGCCGUCUGAAGUUGAGCGGGUGUGCAGAGGCCGUUGUUAUGGCUCAAAGUCGGGUUCAACAGUUUGUCGCUCUAUUUCAGGAGAAGCAAAGUUUGCCAGCUGACAGGGAGCCAUCAGUUAAGCGUAAAUUUAAGACUUUUGUUGAGGACCGGGCUGAUAAAUAUGCAAUGGAGCUGCUGUUACUGCCCAGUGCCCUCAAAGAGGAACUUUUGGGCUUGGCCCAAAGCCCCACACAGCCUAUAGUUAUCAUAGACCUUGAACAAGACCGCUCUCAGACUAGCACACCCGUAACAGACCUCUCCAACCGUAUCCUGGACACAACUUUUGAGGACAAAACCUCUCCAAUCACUCCUGAAGUCAUGCCAGGUCUGAAUGGCCGACCUUGCAACAAGCGGCGGUCCUCUGAAAGUGAGCAGAGGGACACUAAAAGACAAUAUUCGCUGGAGAGGAGAGAAGAGGAGCAGUGUGAAGAGCGGCAGCGAGAGCCGAGCCAAACUUGGACUGUAAAGUCUGCGAAGGGGACGUUGGCUGUUAGUGAAAUGACAAAUGAAAGUGAGGCGGUAAGUCCUGAGACUAACUUGCGCUGUCUCGUUAACUUUUUUCGAACGAUGGGCUACCAGCAGGAUGUGGUGGAGCGGGUGGUGCGGGAGACUGGGCAGACGGAGGACACGUUUUUACUGCUAGAACGAAUUGUGGAAGAGACUCAAAAAACCCAGAGCACACAAGGAGCUCAACGCACCUCUCGCACACCUGAUCCAUCCCCUUGUGCAAACGCCUCAUCCACCUCCACCAGCAACAGGCUCAAAGAAAAGGAGCGGGUGCAGAUGCGCACUCUCGCUGAGAUUAAAUGCAAAGAAAACAUCAGACCUCCGAGCACUAAUGCCAUCGGUCAAAAGAACCAGACAAGCAGUGUGCCACUGGCCUCGGCCACUCUUAAAAGAAAUAAUGGUGCACAGACUGACUUGUGUGAAGUGAUCAUCAUCGAUGAUGAAGAGGAUUUCACAGAGACUGAGAGGAAACCCCGACUGACCCCACUUGAUUUAAAACCAGAGUCCCGCUUUGAUUACCUGCCUCGUGGUAGCUCUCAAACAAUGGUUCCUGUACGUAUGGAGACUGUGACCAAUCUCCGCAGCUCCUCUCAAGGUCCUCCUCUCCGGACCUCAGACACACGGCCAGGCUGCUCUUACCAGACACUCCCUGGAAGGGCGCCUUUACCUCGUUCAGAGGCACAAUACACCUCUAAAGCAGCACCCCUCACCGGAAUGUCUCGUUUUCAGCAGUCCCUGAGAACCCCGUACCGAUUAAUCCUACAAAAUGAACCAGGGUCCCCUAAUCUGCGGCACAUCAUCAUCGAUGGCAGCAAUGUGGCAAUGGCGCAUGGACUCCAUCGGGUCUUUUCUUGUCGUGGAAUCGCCAUCGCUGUAGAGGCGUUUUGGCGCAGAGGACAUCGAGAAAUCACUGUGUUUGUUCCUCAGUGGAGACAGAAGAAAGACCCUAACAUUACUGAGCAACACUUUCUGAACCAGCUGGAAAACCUACGACUUCUUUCUUUCACCCCAUCUAGAGAAGUGUGUGGACACAGAAUUUCCUCCCAUGAUGACAGGUUCCUGCUUCAUCUGGCUGAGAAGACAGGAGGAGUGAUUGUCACCAAUGACAACCUGAGGGACUUUGUGAGCCAGUCAGAAGCAUGGAGAAGGAUUAUUCAAGAGAGACUCUUGCAGUUCACAUUUGUAGAAGACCACUUUAUGAUCCCAGAUGACCCACUUGGAAAACACGGACCUCACCUAGACGAGUUUCUACUUAAAGACAGCCGAGGUAGUCCUAUAAUCCCCCCUCUGAGAACAGAUCUUCGGGCAACCCCCUCAGUUUACAGCCAGGCAGCACAGUCCACAGCACACCCCUCUUCCCCUUCACACUGGCCACACUCAGGCCCACCAGACUGGCACCUUCCUAGACCGUCGCCAUCUCCACCCCCACAACGGUCACCCUCAGAAACCACAGAGCUCAAGAGGAAGUUAUACGACAUCUUUCCCGACCAAAAGCAGCGUAUUGACCGUAUCCUCAGCGACAACCCAUAUAUGAGGGACCUAAAUGCAUUAUCAGGCCUUUUGCUAGGCUGAUCCACACUUACACACACAAUUUCAGUUUCCACUCUUGUGCAUGAAGAUCAUAAGUCUUUUUUUCCUUUAUUGAGAGGGGGGGAAAUCCAUGAUUGAAAGCGCUGCUAUGAGCUUUUAUUUGUUCAAGGGACUCUGUUCCGUCAACAUUUUAGUUUUUUCAGUUGUUAUCCAGGCCCUCCGUUAUGACUGCAAGCACAAAAAACCUAAGUUAUAAAUUGUUUAGGAGUGAGCUUUAAAUAUAUGAGAAUGUACAGUCCGAAUGGCAUAUAUUUGAUGUAAAUAUUUAUUAAUCUUCCUUUCCUGUAAGUUAUCGAUUCAGAAAUCUUUAUUCUAAAAGGUGUUCCUGCUACACAGUUGUUUUGAACUGGCUUUGCUCUAAUUACUGCUGAGGGACAAAUGUUGCGUUGCUGUUUGAUAUGAUUGUGCUUUCUCUAACUUUUUUUUUUUUUUUGUAAAUAUUAACAUUAUUGAGCCAAACAAAUACUAGUUUCUUUCUAGUCACUCAAAGUGCCCUACUGAAGUGCCCAAAAUUGUUCAUUUCCUGUUCACUAAUUUAGUUCCCGUUACUUAGGUGAUGGUGACAACACAGUGUGCUGUUUCUAGGAAUCUCUGGACACCCCCUGUAUGACCCAAGAGACCGUGAGACAGUUGAAAGGCAUAGAAAAGUUUCCCGAUUACUCACUCCUCUUCCGCUGCCCUGUUGUGAAAGUCACCAUCUUAUAAUAGCAAGCAGGAAACCAGAGCUGUUUAUUGUAAACCUUUGUCCCAGUUACGGCCAUCAGAGGGCGCUGUGGGAUCACUUUCUGUUACCAACCUCAUUAUGUAAUGGAACACUGAGGGCAUGAACAAAAUGCAAUGCACAGUUGAAAACCAUCACUGUGUCCCGUUAGCAUCUUAUUGCCACUAAAGUGAAAAUGCGGUACAUUAUUUUCACUCUCGUUGUCAUCACGUUCACUUUUUUGCUGUCUCUGACAUUGUAGCGUUGGGUUUUGUGAAUUGGUAUUCAAUUUUGAGAAUGAAAAUGCAAAGGUUUUAAACCCAAGAAAGCGUCACAGACUGUGCAGGCGCUGUGGGUAUCUCACAGUAUGGCUGCUGAAAACAUUUGGCUUUUUUCUGGAAGGCAGUGUUAAUAAAGCCCGAUUAUGUGUUUGUCAGGA